AUGAUUUGGAGAGUUGGGAACAGAGACAUUAGUGAUUAUAAGGUGUUGGGAAAGCGUGACUUGUUUCUUGACCCCAGCGUGAGAUUGAAGGCAACACACGAGUUACUAUAA